AUGGACAAUAUUCAGUUUGAAUGCGUCAAGCUGUUUUACCCUUACCUGAAGACGUCUUCCCUCCACAGGGACUUCCUGUUCGCCAGUGGCUCUGAGGCCAUUGCAAUCUCAGCCUUUAUGAAAAAUGAAAAUCCGUAUGUGUCGAUAUCGCAUGAGGGACACAUUGAAUCUAGGAUAUAUCACGAGUCGGGAUGCGAGGCUGAUAUGUUGGAGGGCUCGGAGGUGGGACGGCACUCGCCGCCCCGGCCGCAACAGGAGCCCAUCAAUCUCAAGAAUGAGGUAAGUCCACCG